AUGGCAGGGCCGCGCAAGGAGAAGGACGGGUACGGCCCGCGGAUUAUCCGGACUCUGGGUUCGCAGGCCCUGGGGGGUGCGGGAGGUAGCAGCCGGGCGUCAUCGGUAUCGCAGUCGCCGGGUGGGCCUGAGGGCGCGACGGGCGGGGCGUCGCCGGCGGCGGCGCCGCAGUCGACGACAGGGACGCCGCUGUCGAGUCUGACGCCGACGAACUACCGGGUGGCGCAGGCAUGCGACAGGUGCCGGUCGAAGAAGACGCGGUGCGAUGGGAAGCGGCCGCAGUGCUCGCAGUGUGCAGCGGUGGGGUUCGAGUGCAAGAUCAGCGACAAGCUGUCGCGGCGCGCGUUUCCGCGCGGCUACACGGAGACGCUGGAGGAGCGGGUGCGCGAGCUGGAGGCGGAGAACCGGCGGCUUGUUGCGUUGUGCGAUCUGAAGGAGGAGCAGUUGCGGCUGGUGUCGAAGUACGGCUGUGCGAGCGCGCCGGCCACGUCCAGCUCAAGCGCGAACAAGAAGGGGGACUCGGACCACACGACACUGGAGGACGAGCAGAUCCUGCAGCAGCUGUCCAACUCGGACGGCGGAGCACUGCGGGUCAGUUCCACGAACCUCUACUUGUUAAAUAAGAAGACUGCUGCUUUCCCGUUGGUACAGCCGGUGCAGCAGAAUCUGUCCCCGACCCAACUACGAUCGAACCCGUACACGCGCGCGACGCUGUCCCCCUCGCAUGUUGCGGAGGCAGACCACGUCACGGACUUGCGGAAAGGGCUUCCAGCGAACCCGGUCGCAAUUUCCUCUUCUGUGGGCCAGGUUCCCCCCUAUCCAUUCACGAAUCUGAACGAUCCGACAUCGAUAUCCUUUGAGCAAGACCAGGCUCCGGGGCUCCCUGCAGUCAAGGCGCUGAGCUCCCUAGCAAGCCAUGAGGAGAGCUCGCAGCUCGCAGCCCUUGUGGCGGUGUCGAUACCGCGUACUACAGAGGAAAUCCUGUUUGUGCCACAACUACUCGCGCGUAUCGGUCAGAUGCACGGAUUCACUUCCAAGCAAUGCCUCUAUACGGCUUCUGUGCUCGCUUCGCUGAAGGAAAUUACGCCACGCAAAACCUCUUCGAUACUUGAGCAGCUGAAAGCGAAAAACCUGUGGGAGAUUGACAAUGUCGAUACAUUCUUGCUGGAAGGUCUGCAAAUAGAUAUCAGACGAGGAUCCUCGGGCGAUUUUAAUUUAGAAAAUCCCAACGGCUACAAGCUUGAAAAUGAAUACCAUCAAACAAAGGACGCCCACCCCGAACUACAGGAACUCACACCACUAACGUUCCAGGAAAUUGAAGAGCUCAUUCAGCUAUUCUUUGAUGAUUGGUACAGUCUGAUCCCUAUUUUCGAUAGAUCAGAGUUUGAAAGUUACUGGGUGAAAUUCAAGGACAACGUCUCCACUCCGGGAUUCUUCACGUCAGGUGAUACCUUGUUUGAUAGAAGACACAAGUCGAUCUCGUACAAAAUCUUUGCAUGCUUACUGUUGACAGUAUGUCAAAUGGGGCUCAUGUCCAAGGUAAAACGGGAACGUCAUGAGCGUGGUGAUCGAUUGAACAAUUUAAUGACAUACUACGACCGUGCAAUCUCGCAUGUCAUAAUGAAUCCGUACUUUUCUUCGAGCUCUACGUCGAUCCAAUCAUUGCAGCUCUUAUCACUGCUUCUAUUCUACUUCUUAAAUGUUGGUGACGUGUCUAACGUUUAUGAACUGAGAGGGAAAGUGGUGUCGCUGACACAACAACUUCGGCUCCAUCGUUGUCCGAGCGCGGUCUUGGGGAGCGAUGGAUCUACGGUCGGCAAGAUCCAGCAAGGAGAGAGGCGCGUCCUAUUCUGGGGAGUGUACUACCUUGACGUUUUUUCUUCGUUGCAACUUGGCGUUCCCCGUCUCAUGAAGGACCAUGAAAUUGAGUGCGCUCUUCCGGUAUCUUCUGACGAUGACAAUCACGUUAAUUUGGCAGGCCAGAUGAUUGCGCUGGAGGGCAAGAUGUCACCUUUUUCCCUGUCUAUAAUUAGAUUUUCCAAAGUCCUGGGCAACGUACUCGAUUCAAUAUUCAAGAGGGGCAUGACAGAAUCCAUGACCAAGCAGGUGGCCCUUGUGCAUGAGAAUGCACUGGACAAUUGGCGCCAUGCAUUGCCCGAUAAUUUGAGGUUUCAACUGGAUGUUAACGGAACUAUAAACAUGGAGGAUCUGAACCAGUUGAAACGAGACUAUUUGAAUAAAGACACUGCUCUAAAAUUAAAUAAUGCCAUCUUUAUGGCAUUGUAUUUCCUUGCGAAGAUUAUGAUUCACCUACCUGUAGUGGCUACAAAACCAAUCAUCGAUAAGCCACAACCAGUAGUUGACACAAAUAUCCCCGGAAGCCAGAUUGAUAGGUCGUCUUCGUCAUACGUCCUGCUUCAGCAGGCGACAAACACAUUCCUAAACGUGCUCUCCUCGGUGAGCUCUUUAUACCUGCCUCUUCCACUCAAUAUAACACGCACAAAAACUCGCUUCGGGUUGGUCAGUGCUCGUGGCUCCCUGGAAUAUACAAAGGGGGGUGCCUUGUUCCAAGACAACAAAAACCUGUUGCUGGAUCUACUAAAGGACCUGGAGGCAGAUAAAAAACUAAAUAUGCCUGGGACGAUUUCAUGGCACAGCUUGAAGCUACUGGACAUGGCGGUUAACCUCAUACUGCAGCCUCCAAACACCAAACCAGAGAAGCAAGAAAAGUUACUGCAGAAAAAAAUCAAUUACUACAACAAGCUAAUUGACUCCCAUCUGGGCCCAACGGCGUCCUUGCCCACCCCAGGGCAGACAGCGCCACGGAAGCCGGAGCCGGCGCAUGCGCGCCCGAUUCCCGAGAAGGAAAAGCCGCCGAGCUCCAAACGCCAUAGAGGCGAUGACAACGCAGCGGCGUCUAUGCCGCCGCUGCUGGAAAAAAAGGUGAAGCUCGAAGCCCCGGCCAGCAACAUGCCGACACCGCCAGCGCCGAUCUCGGCGUUGCACGAAGACGUACCUCGGGUGCUCGACGGCCAUCUAGGCGCGAACAGCUCCCUGGCCGUCCUUGCUGCCAAACAUGAGCCGGAGGGCAGCCUGCAUUCCUCAGCCGUCAACGCAAUCACAGAGGCCUUCCAGCUGGACCCCAUUCUCCAGCCGACGCCCUUCAGCAACACAGAUCUACCUUCUUUCUUUGGCGUCGACCAGUACGCAGCGCCACCCGAGCUCCAGCCCUUCCCGGCCGGCUACGCCGCGCCGGACAAGGUGCCCCAGGCAGCAGCCCAGGGCCCAAGCGCCACCGCUGGCCCCCCCCUCAGCUCCAAGGACAGCCUCUUCAAGGUCCCCAGCAACGGCGACUUCCUCAAGGACUACUACAGCGGCAUGUCGUCCGCGCAGCUUAACUCGCUCUUUACAGCGCCUGACCGGCGCGACGUACGCCCCCGCGCACCUCAGCCCGACCGCGCCCCGUCCGACGGCCUCCAGCAGCAGCCUGGCUACGGCUUUGUCGUCGACGCCUCGCUCGGCCUCGCGCCGCUGCUCGCCUGGUCCCCGCGUCCCGCUGACGACCUGCUGCUCGACGACAAGGGCGCCAAGCUCGCCUCCGCGCGCUCCUUCACUCAUGUCAACAAGCUCAGUUCCAUCCCCACCCUCAUGAGCACCCAGCCCCCGCCCGCCUCCGCGCCCCAUGCGAAGCUCGGCCAGCCCGCGCCCCCGGAUCAGGACGACGGCAUCCUCACCAUUCCCCCGCGCGACCAGCGCGGCCCGCGCCGUCUUUGGAAUAGCGCACUCAACCAGGCUCGCCCCGCCGCGGCCCUAGACGACAGCAUCAGCGACCUUUUCCGCUGGCAAAACAGCGGCUAG